AUGAAUAUAAUCGUGAAAGCUCACCUGCAGAGAGAAGAUGGCACUGUGGAAGUGCGAAGAAUCCCUAUAGCACUGACUGGUCAAGACAACAACAAUGGCAUCUUUAGAGAUAUUGCAUCAAAAGUGGGCAAUGUUUUUCCAAGUCUUGAAAACAAAAGAUUCACCCUAAAGUGGAAAGUUGAUGGCAUGAAAGAAAAUGGCCCCGAAGACUUUGUGGACAUAAUGUCAGACCAGGGUCAAGAUGUGGACGAGGGUGAAGGCAGUGCUGGGGAAAGCAAGAAAGAUGAUGCAUGUGAUGGUGGUGAAUCCUUCCCAGGGUUCAUGAGAAGGCAUUUCCGUCAAUCCCCACCAUGUUCUGAGUUUGGUAACCCAAUGGAAUUUUGGGACAGGAUGGGUGGUCAUCACAUGGGAAUGUCCGGAGCAUUUGGUGGACCUGGCCUUUUUGAAGGGCCUUCACCCUUUCACUUUGAUCACCAUUUUGGACACCACUUUGGCCAUCAUCAUGGAAAAGGGCGGCACGGAAAACGACACCAUGGAAAAGAUGGCUGGAAAGGAAAUUUGAGAGAUGCGGUGCCUGUUGCACACAGACGAUGGGCUAAGAGCUACAUUCGCACGUGGCGUGUCCAGAACCUGAAAAAUGCAACAUCAACCAGCAGUGACAGCGAGCAAGAUGCUUUUGCCUUGGACACUUCCAAUGUGCCGGAGGCCUAUAUGCUGUGGUUGGAGACUUUGCUGCCCAAGUGGCACCGACGUAUAGGAGAGGAAACUUCAGAUGUGAAGAAAGAUGAAGCUGUGGAUUCUGCAACCAAAGACCAGCUUAAGGCUUCGGUGCCAGUGGAGUUUCGUAAAUGGGCCAAGUGGUACUUAUCCAGGCAUUUUGGUAAGAAAGAGUCUCCCAGAUUUCGCAAGCAUGGCAGCGACCAUGAUUUCGGAAUGAAAUUGGCAACAGGUUGCAAGAAAAACUGGAAAAGAGCUUGCAAGAUGCAGACUCUCAGUGUCUCAGUUCCGAUGAUGCAUCGUAUGUGGGCCAAAAUUUUCAUCAAGGACUGGCGCCAGGAGCACAACAUUCCCGACCCGAAAAGUGGCAACCAUGGAGCUGUCUCCAGCGAGAGUGAAGACACAGAGAAAGAGACGGCUAAAGGAGACAUAACCAUCCCCAAUGACUAUGUCCGAUGGAUGCGCAAAUUCCUGGCAAGAUGGCACCUGUGGAGAGGGGAGACCACUGAGAAAGUGCAGAUUGAAAAAGGAGGAAUGGGAGAGUUCAAGGAUACUGUCCCCAAGAAUUUCCGCAAGUGGGUGAAAUGCUUCCUCUGGCGUCGUUACGGCAGUGGGGUAGCAAAGGAAGUGGACACUGCCAACCAGUACCAGAAGUGGCUGCAAGCUUUUCAGCACAAGUGGCUGCGGGAUCAGGAGAAAGGCAGCAGUGCUGAUGAACUGGUUCUAUCCAGCAGUGAUGAGGAUGCCCCAAAGCCAACAUCUGAUGUGGACACAGCUGAAAAAUUAGUGGAAAGCUCACUGAAGAAACUUCGCUUGGAAGGGGAUGAAAAUGGCACCAGAAAUGUGCACUUUGAUCCCAGCACCCAGGGUGUGGCCAGAGAAAGGAUGCCAAGAAGAGAUAACUCUGCAUUUGGUGAUUUUGAAGGGGCGCUCUUCAAUAAAAAGACAAAUCCAGGAUUUCGCCAGUGGGCUUUUGAAGCUUUGUGGCAGUGGGAUGGGAAGACGGCCUCCAGCACAGAAGGAGCAGCCAGCAACGAGCAGAUCCCACCUCAUGUCUACCACGUGAUGUCUAGGAUGAUGGCCAAAAUGCAGAUGAAGAAAAUGAAACAGGAGCUGAAGCAAGCCAAACAGGCAAUGAAGGCUGCCAAGAAAGCACAGAAAUAA